GCCGUUUACACCAGCCCAGGGCGCCCCCAGCAGCGCUUAGCUCCGCCCCGCGGCGGCUCGGCGCGUCGUAGGCCGAGGGGCAGGGCCUCUGCUAGGCCAGCCCCGCCCGGCGCCGCCAUGCCCAAGGUGGUGUCCCGCUCCGUGGUCUGCUCCGACACCCGGGACCGCGAGGAGUACGAUGAUGGAGAGAAGCCGCUGCACGUUUACUACUGUCUGUGCGGCCAGAUGGUGCUGGUGCUGGACUGUCAGCUGGAAAAGCUGCCCAUGAGGCCUCGAGACAGAGCUCGGGUGAUUGAUGCGGCCAAACAUGCCCAUAAAUUCUGUAAUACAGAGGAGGAGGAAAAUGUGUAUCUCAGAAGACCUGAAGGAAUUGAACGGCAGUACAGGAAGAAGUGUGGGAAGUGUGGACUUUUGCUCUUCUACCAGCACCAGCAGAAGAAUGCCCCGGUUACUUUCAUUGUGGAUGGAGCUGUGGUCAAGUUUGGACAGGGUUUUGGGAAAACAAACAUAUACACUCAGAAACAAGAGCCUCCCAAAAAGGUGAUGAUGACCAAACGGACGAAGGACAUGGGCAAGUUCAGUUCAGUCACAGUCUCCACUAUUGACGAAGAGGAGGAAGAGAUUGAAGCACGAGAGAUUGCAGAUUCCUAUGCACAGAAUGCAAAAGUGAUUGAAAAGCAGCUAGAACGCAAAGGCAUGAGCAAGAGGAGGCUGCAGGAACUGGCUGAGCUGGAAGCCAAGAAAGCCAAGAUGAAAGGAACCCUGAUAGAUAAUCAGUUUAAAUAAGAGGAACCCCCAUCAGAUCAUGCUCAGUCAGCUGAAUAUUUGGAGAGAGAAGAAAACCAACAUCAGCUCCUGAGAUUCCAACAGAGAUUUCAGUCAGUUCUGCAGACCCUAAGUACUACUUUUAAGAAUUCUGCAUUGAAACCAGCUCGGAAGGUAACAGGGUAAUAGCGGCUGUACUUUGAUCUCUGGUGUUUUAAUACACCGAAGGACUUGAAAGAUUUUUUUAAUUACAUUUCUGUGCAUCUCUAAGUGUCUUACCUCUAAUAGCUGGACGUUUGGGGUAACAACUGUUCCAGGAGGAACAUUCCACCAGAUGCGUGCAUGGAUUUACUGCACCGUUACAUAAGAUCAGUGAGUUAUUUUCAGGUGUACAUAAAUUCCAAUAAAUACUUUAGAUGUGUAGGUAAAGCAAUAAUCUAACUGUACAGCAAAUAAAUCCUUACAAAGUAA